CACACUUCUUCUUCUUCUUCUUCUUCAAUGGCCUUCAAAUCAUCCUCUGAAGUUUUAUCCACCAGUCAUUCCACUGGUAAUACUUCCAACAGCUUACGCCAUGGAAGAGAAAUUGAAGCGCUACCGACCCCUUUUCCCAACUUUGAUUUGGGACCCGUUCCAUCGCCUCUAGAAGUUGAAGCUGCAGUUGCUGCUCUUCAGAGUUUGUUGCAGGAGUGGUUUUCACUUGAAUCGAUGUCAAAAUGGCUUCAGCCGCUGAUGAACUCCAGUUCUUCAAGCAUUUUGCAUUCUCGUGGUUAUCAAUUACUUUGUAAAGGUUUUCAAUGGAUACUAACAGAUCCUACUUUCAAGGGACUGGUAAUUUCACUGUGUUUGGACAAAGAUGUUUGGAAUGCUAUUAGAAACCAUGGGAUUGUAGAGAAGCUCCAGGAGUUACCUUCUUCAGGUGGAAAUGGAAACACUGGGAGCUCAAAACAGGGACCUGACUUUGGUAAUGUCAUUCUAAGCUGGAUUUUGCAAAUAUCACUCACAAAAAUCAGGGAGCUAAUAGAAAACUUUGUCUCCCUGUUGAACAAUGCAUUUUGUUUUCCUGGGAAAGAGAAGCUGAAGCCAGAGAAAAAAGAUGAGAUAGAUGAAAAAAUCCAAUCAUCAUUGGUUCUGUCCUUGGUCGUCAUGUUGAUUGUGGUCGUUGCUCGAGUUCAGAUUGCAUAAAAUUGGUAGCUUUGACAUCUUCUGACCACGGUUGUACUCAUACUUCUAUUUAAGCUAAAUUGUGUAAAACUUCUUUGCUUCUACUUGCAGUAUAACUCUCAUACAACUUUGUCAUUGUGAAUCAACAUUACAGUUGUACUUUUUUA